UUAGGGGUUACCCCUGGCUCUGUGCUCAGAAAUCAAUCCUGGCAAGCUCCGGGAACCAUUUGGGAUGCCAGGAUCAAAUCUGGGUUAGCCACGUGCAAGGCAAACACCCUCCCCACCGUUCUAUUGCUCUGGCUCCUUCAGUUUGGGUUUUUGACUGUGCCUGCCCAUCCGGCUUCACUUGGACACCCUUUGGUGAAACCAAGCACCUCCAGUGUGUUGGCUGGGCACCUUAUACUGGAGACAGUCACUUGGGGAGUGGUUGCUACGCAGAGUGUUGUGAUGAUAUUUGGGCCUCUUGCCAGGGAUGGAUUACCAUGGAAACAGCCAAACAGUGGAGUAACCCACAAGCUCCCUGCUAAUUGUGCAGGGGAGACCCUAGCAGGGAGGGGUUCUGAGGUUGCCCUAUUGGGGUUCAGAACCCUCCUCCCUUCCUUCUUCUGGCCGGGUCAGUGUCUGCGCGGGCUCUCUGGCUUGCUGGCCAGCAUGUCUGGCCAGCAAUGCCUGAGUCUCCGCCGUGGGCCUUUGUGUCUCUCCAUCUCUUUCAGCCUCUGGCCUGGCUCCCUGCGUCUCUGUGGGCCGCCUGGGCUCCAGCCAGACUCAUCUCGGGGUCUCUAUAGAAACUGCUGAUCCCGGCGGUGAAUUUCUGGUCCUAGAAAACCCAAUGUGGCGGCUUUAGAAAUCUUUCUGGAGCAGGGAGCAGGGGUGACGCACCCCAGCCCCCGCCCCCUCACCCCAGCAUCAUGCAUCGGACCACAAGGAUCAAAAUCACGGAGCUGAACCCCCAUCUCAUGUGUGCCCUUUGCGGGGGCUACUUCAUCGACGCUACCACCAUUGUGGAGUGCUUGCAUUCCUUCUGCAAGACCUGCAUUGUUCGCUACCUCGAGACCAACAAGUACUGCCCCAUGUGCGACGUGCAGGUUCACAAGACACGGCCAUUGCUGAGCAUCAGAUCUGACAAAACUCUCCAAGACAUCGUCUACAAAUUGGUCCCUGGGCUUUUCAAAGAUGAGAUGAAACGGCGGCGGGACUUCUAUGCAGCCUACCCGCUGACAGAAGUCCCCAAUGGCUCCAACGAGGACCGUGGUGAAGUCCUUGAGCAGGAGAAGGGGGCCUUGAGCGAUGACGAGAUUGUCAGCCUCUCCAUUGAAUUCUACGAAGGUGCCAGGGACCAGGAGGAAAAGAAGAGUCCUCUGGAAAAUGGCAGUGGGGACAAGGAGAAGACAGGGGUGCGCUUCCUGCGGUGCCCAGCAGCCAUGACAGUUAUGCAUCUCGCCAAGUUUCUGCGCAACAAGAUGGAUGUGCCCAGCAAGUACAAGGUGGAGGUACUCUACGAGGAUGAGCCGCUGAAGGAGUAUUACACGCUCAUGGACAUCGCCUACAUCUACCCCUGGCGGCGGAAUGGUCCUCUCCCCCUCAAGUACCGGGUCCAGCCGACCUGCAAGAGACUCUCCCUGCCCACGGCACCCACAGCCUCCGAGGGCACCAACACCAGUGGGGCGUCCGAGUGUGAGUCUGUCAGCGACAAGGCUCCCAGCCCCGCCACCCUGCCGGCCACCUCCUCCUCCCUGCCCAGCCCCGCCACCCCCUCCCACGGCUCUCCCAGCUCUCAUGGCCCCCCGGCCACCCACCCUACCUCUCCCACUCCCACUUCCACUGCCAGUGGGGCCUCCUCAGCCACUAAUGGGGGCACCUCAAACUGCCUGCAGACACCAUCCUCUACCAGCAGGGGGCGCAAGAUGACUGUCAACGGAGCUCCUGUGCCCCCCUUAACUUGAGGAAAGGGACCCUCUUCCUUUUUCCAGCCAUGCCUCUCCAUCACCCUUCCACUUUUUUCUGGGCCCCCUUUUCCACCUCUUCUACUUUCCCCCAGCUCCUCCCACCUUAGGGGUGGGGGGCGGGUUUUAUAAAU